GAAGCAUUGAGGAUUCAUCAUGGCCGAAGGUAGGCGAUCCGGUUGCGAAAUCGUCCCUGGGAAAGACACUAGCCUCUUCCAUUUACGAGUAUGGCUCUCGUCGCCUGAGGAUAUUCAUCCCGCCGAUGACUUAUUUGGAGAUAUGAAGAUCAACGUUGGUGGACGCAACUGCACUGCGUAUUACAUAUUUGCUGGGAGCUCGGACCCAACAAUCACGCUCGCAUUGACAGGGCCGCUUGACUAUGCUCUGGGGGGCACCGCCGCCAAGGUGUCUAUACGCAUGGUUUUACUCGACAAGACCGGCUCACCGGUGACUUCGGUGGGCAGAGAAACUGCGAGCUGGGAAGGCUAUUACGCAAUGAUUGCAGCCUGGGACGAUGUCAAGGCCAACUGUUUGGUGGACAACUAUUUUGUGGUGCUGUGCUCUGUGCACAUCGACCGGAAACCUCAAGCUUCAUCGGUAAAGGAGGAGCUCCCGGAUCUAGGUCAUGACCUGGCCAUUAUGUCAGACAAAGAAGACCUUACUGAUGUUUCCUUCCAUGUCGGUGGGGAGAGCUUCAGCGCACAUCGCCUGGUGCUCGCGACCCGGUCACCGGUCUUUAGAGCACAGCUCUAUGGCCCGAUGGCUGAAAGCAAGAUGACUUCUAUAACCGUCCAAGACAUGGAGGCCUCUACCUUCAGAUGUAUGCUCCAUUACAUUUAUCAUGGUUCACUGUCUGAUGUUGCUGUGAAGGAUGUCUGUUCCACCAUGCCACAAUACCAGCACCUGCUUGUAGCCGCUGACAGAUACGGGGUAGAGGGGCUGAAAAAGAUUUGUGAGGACAAGCUAUCGGGCAAUGGUAUCACCGUAGACAGUGUUAUCUCAAUGUUGGAGCUGGCUGAGGACCACGUCUGCCCCAAACUCAAAGCUGCAUGCCUUGAUUUCCUCGCUGAUGGUGACAAUUAUAAGAUGGUUACGAUAUCUGAUGAGUACAUCCGUUUGAUACAGAGCUUUCCGAAUCUCUUGGUUGAAGUGCGGAGUAGGAUCAAGAAAACACUUGAAGAAUCUACUACCAUAAAUCCUGGUGCUCACAAGAAAACCCGAUUGCGCUAGGGACACAAUAAUGGGAUUGAUGAGCUCGAAUCCUCUUACAAUGCCAUGUCUAUCUUUGAUCAUCCUGUUCUUAUUAGUUGAAUAUAUUGUGGUCGCAGGAAUAUGUAUAUUCCUCGUGUAGCUAUGAUGAUUCUCAGUUCUGGCUAGUGUGUACUAGAAAAGACAUGCUAACACUUAUGCUGCAAUUUUAUC